AUGAGGACACUCGAGCUUGUCUAUCAAGAAAUCAUCCUUGACCCCAAAAUCAUAGAGUUCACAGUUGAGGACCCUGCAACUUCCUUCUCGCAGCUGCGCGAUGUAGUCUGUCUCAAACUGGCCAUUGACUUGGGGAUUCUUUCCCCAGAAAUGCUGUACCCUCCUCCCCAGGGGGGCCCCCCGGGGGCCCCCUCGGGCCCCGCGGACUCAGCAGCAGCAGCAGCAGCAGCAGCAGCAGCAGCAGCAGCAGCAGCAGCAGCAGCAGCAGCAGCAGCAGAAGCAGCAGCAGCAGCAGCAGCAGCAGCAGCAGCAGCAGCAGCAGCAGCAGCAGCAGCAGCAGCAGCAGCAGGCAUCGCAGCCCCCGCCGCUGCCUCUUCGGCAGGAAGCCAAGGGGCCCCUGAGGCCAGCCGUGGGGGGGCCCCCGGGGGCCCCCACAAGGGGGGCCCCCACUCGGGGCCCCCCGGAGUACCCUGCGCAGAGUGCUUUAGGAGAGCUCUUAAGGAGACAAAAAGCCAGUCUGUGAGGCUGACGGAGAUCCUGGCCCUCGCUGCUGUUCUCCCAGACCCUCCCCCUGAGCUGCUCGAAGAGUCUCCUGUGAGCAGCAGCAGCAGAAGGGACUGGAGACAGAGCGACGCAGACUUGUCUGCGGAGGCCCUGCAGCAGCAGCAGCAGCAGCAGCAGCAGCAGCAGCAGCAGCAGCAGCAGCAGCAGCAGCAGCAGCAGCAGCAGCAGCAAACGGCAGCCGCAGGGCAAGGGUCCGGCGCUGCUGCUCUGCGCCGCCCCGCCGCUGCAGGGAGCCCCCGGGGCCCGCCCGCGAAGCGGCAGGGGGCCCCCUGCAGCAAGGGGGCCCCCGGGGGCCCCCGCAGCUCAGUUGGCUUCCAGGGGGGCCCCCAGUGUCUCCCCGUGAGGCUUAAAAUAAAAAGGAGACUCAAAAGAGACAAUUUUGAUUUGCUGCUGGAGUUGCCGCUGCAGCAGCAAAAGGCAGAGCUGGAGAAGCAGUGGGGAGAGACCUACGCCAUGUACUACAGAACCAUUAUGAAGCUGCGGAGACUCCUCGGGCGGCGGCCAGCAGCAGCAGCAGCAGCAGCAGAGGCAGCAGCAGAACAGACAGCAGCACAAGAGACAGCAGCAGCAGCAGCAGCAGCAGCAGCAGCACCGGGGGAGCAGCAAAAGAGGCGCCGGCAGAUGUCUUGA